GUUUCACCACAGUCUUUUGUUGUAGAACAGGUGAAGAAACAAAAACCCCUUUGUGUAUUUCUUUAUAAAUCCACAUGGCUUUAAAACUCAAUUCACAUUGGACUUCAUUUAAACUGUUCAAAUGUGAAGCUCCCCCUACAGUACAGUACAGUACAGUAUUAGAAUGACAAGUGUCUCUUUUGGUCUUCUUUACUAACAGAGUCUAUUAAAAGCCAUACAUCAGGGCUACAACUACAGCAGGGAGACUUUGAGACUACAGUAAUCCAGGACUUUGCUCCAUCAGCUCCUAGUAAAAGCCAAAAUGUGUAGACUUAUUUUUUUUCCUAAAAAUAAAAAUUAUUUCUCAGUCAUUUAAUUUAAACACCUCUUCUUAAUAUUGGAAAAUUAUCAUUUAAUUUCACCAUAAAAUCAACCAUGACUUGUUUACUUCCCACUGGGAACAUUUUUCUUAAGUGUGAUGAUGAAGGUGGACAUUGAUAAGGCGCCGCUUGAGUGUGACGUAGGCUGGCGGAGGAGAAGACACCGAGCAGCCGUCAACACCGUGAUGGGAGGAGAAAGGAGGAUGAGAGUGUGUUGUUGUUGAGACCGAGGCUUUGAUGACACAAUGGAGCAUCGUCUCACAGACCGGAUUACAGCGAGGGGGGAGGAGAAAGACAGGCUGACGAAGAGGAAUUGAGCAAUACAAGGACGGCGAAGAGACACUUUAUCACUUGGAGAAAAGCGGAACGGUGUUGGGGGGCAGAAAAACAAGCAGAGGCAGAGACAGCUCGGACCGUGGCGGGGAGGAGGGGAGAAGGACACGGACGCCGACUGUCGGCAGCGUCGCUCGGAUGCUGCUGCGACGAUGCGGCCUUACUGCUGGGUGAUGGUGGCUUUGGCGGGGUUUAUGUCCUACUUCAGCCCGGAGAGAGUCCUCGGAGCCCCGCAAAGGGAAGUUUCUCAGACCAGAGUUGCUUCUCUCUCGCCACCGCCCUAUGUCGUCAUCCUCAUCUCUUGCUCGGGGCUUGUUUCCUUUAUCCUGUUGCUCCUCACCUGCCUGUGCUGUAAAAGAGGAGGAGUGGGAUUCAAUGAGUUCGACAAUGCAGAUGGCGAGGAGUGCUCUGGAGGCUCUAGUCCCAUCCAGGAAGACAGCCUGUCGUCAUGCCCCUCCCUCCCUGAGGUUUACACUUUACCAGUCAGAGACAGGCCAGACUGCUCCGCCCUGCAGGAUGGAGCAGACUCUAAGUCUCAGUGCUUUAAGAGACAUUCACUAAACUACCUUCAGGAGAUUGGAAAUGGUUGGUUUGGGAAAGUGAUCCUGGCUGAGGUGCUGUGUGACUGCAGUUCUUCCCAGGCUGUGGUGAAGGAGCUCCGUGUCAGUGCUAGUCCACUGGAGCAGAGGAAGUUCUUGGCUGAGUCAGAGCCAUACAGGAGCCUCAAACAUCCCAACAUCCUUCAGUGUUUGGGCACAUGCAGUGAAAGCAUCCCUGUCCUUCUGGUGAUGGAGUUCUGUCAACUGGGUGACCUGAAACGAUAUCUGCGAGCCCAGCGCAAGUCAGACGGGAUGACUCCAGACUUGCCAACCCGAGAUCUGUUUAGUCUUCAGAGAAUGGCUUUUGAGAUCACAUCAGGCCUGCUGCAUCUCCAUGAAAACAACUACAUCCACAGUGAUCUGGCUUUAAGAAAUUGCCUCCUGACCUCCGACCUCACUGUGAGGAUAGGUGACUAUGGCCUUUCACACAACCAUUAUAAGGAGGACUAUUACCUAACUCCCGACAAGCUGUGGAUCCCACUGCGCUGGAUCGCUCCGGAGCUGUUGGAGGAAUACAGAGGAUCCCUCAUUGUUACAGAUCAGACUAAAACCAGUAAUGUUUGGUCUUUGGGGGUGGUGAUCUGGGAGCUUUUGGAAUUUGGCUCUCAGCCUCACAGACACCUGAGUGAUGAGGAGGUCCUGACCUUUGUUAUUAGGGAGAGACAAAUAACAUUGGCCCAACCCAGACUCAAACUGUCCCAUGCAGACUACUGGUAUGAGAUCAUGCAGUCCUGCUGGCUACCUCCGUCUCAACGUCCGUCUGUAGCUGAGGUUUUCCUUCUCCUCUCUUCUCUGCUGGCUGCUGAGCAAGGCAUGGCCAGGGGGGGUGUUGGGGAAGAAGACGGAGAGGACGAUGAGUAUGAGGAGGGCAGAGGGAGAAGAGCUGACGUUGAUGAAUCAUUUGAACGGCGUUGGGACUUACUGCGUCCACCUGCAUUCCAGGCUGCAGCGAAUGAGCGACGAAGGGAGAGAGACUAUAGCAGGGAAGAUCGAGACAACUCCUACCCCAUACUGGACCCAGUGGGGAACUGUAUUACCCCAACCUCGUCAGAACUAGAUGACAUCCUGACAGUUACUGAAACUAGCAAAGGAUUGAACUUUGAAUAUUUUUGGGAAAAGGCUCAUGCAAGGCGAGGCUACAAACCUCUGCCUCCUCCCCAGCCAAUCCCCACUGUGCAUAAUAACCACAGACAGUCUUUAGACACACCCACUGUGGUCCCAGUUAUAAGUGCUCACAGUCCUUCCCUCGCAAGUGAGUAUUACAUUAGAUUAGAGGAGCACACUCCCCAGGACAAGUCGCCAACUCUUAAAGGGAAGGUCCAUUUGUCUCGUCAUGGCACUGUCUGUCCUGGAGACAUGGAGCUGGUGGAGAUCCGCAGUGGAAUGCUAGGUAAAGAGCGCAUGUCUUAUAGUUCCACUGACAAGUGUGGAAAAGACCUCCAGACUGUCAGAACUAGUGAAGUUCAACUCCAGGUGCCACAAACAGGCGUUACAGAGUUCGGAGACAACUCAUACCGAGUGACAGACUUUUCUGUCGUGGAUUUGGGGGAUGACGAGGAGGUGCAGAAGAAGAGCAGUGAUGAAGAUAAAAAAACCAUAACCGUCAAAGGUUCAAAGGACACACGUCCUAUCAAGCCUCGUUCUAUGUCCAUGUCAUCAGCCAACCCUCUUCACGCCCGCCCCCUCCCUGUUCCUCCACUUGGAUACAGAGGUCUGCCUCACUACACGAUGAUUGGAAAAAUCCAAACAGACCCCAUUCACUCAAACAGCUGCCUCCCUUCUACCUUUGAUCACCUGGGGCUCAGUCGCUCUCGACAGACUCUACCACCAUCCCCUUCCCUCUCGCCAUCCCUUCCCCCUUCGAGCCAUCCAAUUUACCCUAAGCCUCCUCAGAUGUAUCCCCCAGCCAUGCCUCCCCACUCACAACAGCAAAGGAAUAGCUCAAGUUACAACACGAUUGACUUGUUAAGAUACAGUAAACCACAGACCCAGAGAUUGAACAGAGAGACCCUGUCCUGUGACCCUUCAGACAGACAUACACCACCUCUAUUCGCCUCCAAGGAGAUUUUUCAUACGCACACAAAAACAUUUGACUUUCCAGUUCGUCGAGAAAACCCUUUGCGCCCCAUUUAUCGGAGUCUCCCCAGACCUCAGGCCACAAACAUCCAGACUGAUCGGCAGUCUUCAUCUAGCCCGACUUAUUCAGAUGAGGAUGACUCUCCUUUCAUGUCUCCUGUAACUGGUGGGACUACUGUUGCUCACUCUAGCUUGUCAGAAGAUGCAGACCCAGCAGCUGCUGAGCUCUUUUCCAGGGGAAUGAAAAGGACUCAGUCACGCCUUGACACCAUCUUGCCUCAGAUUUGGAAGGAAGAUGCUGAACUCCAGAGAGAAAAUGUAGCAGCCGCCAAAAAGUCCCCAAUGCAUCUGUUUUUGACAGAGAUUUCUUCUGUCACAGAGUUAAGUGAGUCUGAGGUUGAAGCAUCCUGGGAUGGGGAAGAAGGAGAGGGGGAAAAAUGGGAAAACUUUGUGCUCCCUAACAAACGUAUGCGCCGUUCCCGGUCGCUGAUUACAGAACUGGGCUCAGUUGGGAAAACGUGGGGGGCAGAGGUUAAUGUCAAUAGGACAGGGAAUAAAGAUAAUUGUAAUAUCACAAAAGAAUUAUUUCAAAAGGAACUGUUUCUCACUGAGGUUGACACGGUGAGAAUAAAUGAGCAGGAAGGAACAGAACGUGACCCAGUAAAAUACCUCUAUCCUGCAGGUUCUAGACCUGUUCGAUCUUCAUCCACUGAGACAGAGGAGGCUUCCUCAAAGGGCAUACGCAGGUCUCGCUCUCUGCUCAAUGAGAUCGUCAUCAACAGCAAGAACUCUGAAACUGAGCAGACUGAGAUGGAGGCACACAGAAAUGAAAUGACAAGGGAAGAGUUCCUGAAGGAAAUCCAUUCAGCAGAGACAUUUUUGACAGAAUUAAUAUCAAGACAAAAAACUGCUGAAAACAGGAAGAAAACAAAGUCCACUUACUCUCCUACUCCACUAUCACCUGAGUAUGAGUCUGUAUGCAUCGACCCAGACUCCACUCAAACCAUCACAUUUGAGUCGGAAAGCUCCAUACGAGCAUCCAACAAAGGCAAGGAAGAUUCACAAAUUGAGGCCAUAUAUGCCCAAGUCACUAAGCGUGCUAAAAAGUGUGAGGAUAAGGUUUCUGUCCAACCUGAGGACUCUGGUCUUCACAGAGGAACACAUUUAAAAGUGGGAAACCAGGAAAACAGUGCCAAUCACUGCCAGUCUGAGGAAUUGGUGUUUUCAGAAAUAAUGCCCAAAAAGGGUUUACUGCACAAUCAAUUAGUUGUCUGUCAGAGAGAGAAGGAGGAGGAGGAGGAAGAGGAGUGUGCAGAUGGACCUGCCUUACCUGCCCGAGGAGAGCACCUUUCUGAGGACUCCCCUAGUGAGACGGUUCUACACCCCAACACUGUGAUACAGCGUGACAACCAAUCACUUUUUACAGAUGAAGAACAUUCACUAAAGGCUGCGUUUGUGUGUACUACCUUGAUCAUGAAAGACCACGACAGACUGCAGAGCACAAGUCAUGAGAAAGAAGAUCAUAUUUCUGGCAAUAAAAUGUUGUUUAAUGAGACUGAUAAUGAUUCUUCAUUCAUGGCACAGGCUGAUGUCAGGAACACUGACGAUACUGAAAAAAGUUUGGUGAAGUCAACUGUAGAAAAUGUAAUCCAAUACAAAGAACUACACUGUUACCGUACUCCAAAAGAAUCAUCAUCUAGUGCUGCCACUUCAACCACCUCAGACUGGGACCCACCCACUGACGCCUCACCCAUCACACCCACCGAUUCUGUGUUGUCACCCAUGACUUACAGUUCAGCUGGUUGCCUCACCCCUAGUGACUCAUGGACAGGUGUGGGAGGAGGGGGGAGUAGUGGGUUUCGAGCACUUGGAAAUGAAACACCACACAGAGACUCUGCUUAUUUCUCUGACAGCGAUUGGGAAGGUGAAGGGGCGAACAGGAGGAGCACUGAUGGAGCGUCUGCAUCCAGGCCAAACAAUGGCCGUGGAUGUCUGACUGGAAUUGAGGAAAAAACUGAGGAGGAAGGAGAGGAGAAGGCCCUUCAACAAAAUGAUAUUCACACAAUAGAUAGAGCAGGUGAAACAGAUGUGACUAAAACUGUGGACAUAUAUCAACACGUUUCAGAGCAGGAUUUUCUUUAUUCAGGUGACGACAAAAACAAAAGGCUUGGGCUCAUUUUCCAUAAUGAAAACAAAAAGUCACAGCUGCUGUGUGAGGAUCAAGGGACUGUGGGCUUUGUUGACACAUUGCUCUCCAAACUAGGUGAUGAUCAACUUAAAGAGCAGCCACACAAUGCUGGUUAUCUAUUAGACAGACACGACAGUGAUGGCAUUAUCUCCCAGCGAAACCAGGACUCUGCACACACUGAAUUCAAACUUCAUUCCAAGAGCCUUCCUGGAACAGAUACCCUGAUAGAUUCUUUAUUUGGCUGUUACUCAGACAGUUGUGGAAUUCAACCCAGUGUGAACGAUGACUCCAGUGUCACACAGAUAUAUAUUGAUGCCCUGGCACAGGAUUCCUCAAAUAAUAUAAUUGACACUUUGGAAACAAAAACUGAAGUUGAAAAUGAUCCGUCACGAAUACCAGGAGUGAGCAGUAUUCCAAACAGCAAUGUCCUGCUUACAGAUAAAACACCUUUUAUCGUUGCACUGUUGAAAGAUGAAGUGUGUGGACUGAAUGAGGUGACGGCUCAGUCUGCUGUCCACCACACUGAGCUGGGUCUAAGAAACCUGUGCAGCUCAGAUGACAGUGAAGACAAGAUCACAACAGAAACAGAGAAACAGCUGGUCGCCACAGAGAUGGGGAAUGCAGUGAAGGAAAAGUCACCUCUGAAAAGGUCAGAGGUCAACAGUGUUGAUAUGGAUUCCUCUGAGGAGCUGGAUGUGAAAAACAGUGAAAUAGGAAGCACACAGAUGAAGGGUGAAGAUGGACCAGGAGAUAAUGUGGUUAGUGGAGAGUUUGACUGCCAUCGUUUUUCCCAAUCACAGGAUAUGUUGUUGUUGUUGUGGGCUGAUGAAAAUGACCAAUGGGCUUCUCCAGAGAAAAGGUGCCAAGACUCAGCACUCGGCUCUGAGUUUUUCUCUUGUGCCAAUAAUAAGAUAUGGGAGGGAAUGGCAGUGGGUAAGGCAUUUUGGGGGAUUGGAGAAAAUGAUGAACUGGCAGGAAGUGAACCUCACCCUGCUGUGUUGGACUUUAGUGAGGAGAUGUUGGAUAAUGAAACACAAGGACAAAGUGAUAAUCUC